GCAGAGCGUUCGCGCGUGAGGGGAAAGUAGGUGUUUCCGGUUCCGGUGUCAUGGACGGCUCCUUCCCUGAAGGCGAUCCUGCAGCCGUCUGCGGGAAGAGGCAGCAGUUCGGGAGCCGGUUUCUGAGCGACCCCGCUCGCGUCUUUCACCACAAUGCCUGGGACAACGUGGAGUGGUCGGAGGAGCAGGCCGCGGAGGCAGAAAGGAAAGUCCAGGAGAACAGCACUCAGCGGGUGUGCCAGGAGAAGCAAGCUGAUUAUGAGAUUAAUGCCAACAAAUAUUGGAACAACUUCUACAAAAUCCAUGAAAACGGGUUUUUCAAGGAUAGACAUUGGCUUUUUACUGAAUUCCCAGAGCUGGCACCUAGCCAAAAUCACUUGAAGAAUUUGCUCUCAGAGAAUAAGAGGAGUGAAGUAUAUGAAUACUAUAGAAACGGUGAGGAUGGACCUGAUUUAACAAUAGAAGAACAGCACAGUUUUUCUUCUGUUAGCCUUGGAGAUAAGACACAGCCACCUCUUACGGAAGAGAGUGUAACUCAGAAACUCCAUCACCUGGAAAUCUGUGCUAAUGAGUUUCCUGGAUCCUCCGCCACCUACCGAAUACUCGAGGUUGGUUGUGGUGUGGGAAACACAGUCUUCCCAAUUCUACAAACUAACAAUGACCCAAGCCUCUUUGUAUACUGUUGUGAUUUUUCUUCCACAGCUGUAGAACUGGUCCAGACAAAUUCAGCAUAUGACCCUUCUCGGUGUUUUGCCUUUGUUCAUGAUCUGUGUGAUGAAGAUAAGAGUUACCCAGUGCCUGAGAAUAGUCUUGAUGUCAUCAUCCUUAUAUUUGUUCUCUCAGCAAUCAUUCCAGACAAGAUGCAGAAUGCUAUCAACAGGCUGAGCAGGCUUCUGAAGCCCGGGGGGAUAAUGCUUCUGCGAGAUUAUGGCCGCUAUGACAUGGCUCAGCUUCGGUUUAAAAAAGGUCAGUGUCUGUCUGAAAAUUUCUACGUGAGAGGCGACGGCACCAGAGUGUACUUCUUCACACAAGAUGAACUGGACACACUUUUCACUACUGCUGGACUGGAAAAGGUUCAGAACCUGGUGGAUCGCCGGUUGCAAGUGAAUCGAGGAAAACAACUGACGAUGUACCGAGUGUGGAUUCAGUGCAAGUAUCGCAAGCCUCUUGGGUCUAGCACCGGCUGAGAGGCGGGACCUGCUGCUGACUCACAGGUUCAUUGGGCUUUUUAAAAAGAACAUUCACAAAUGGUGUCUUGUUGUUAUUGAACCAUUCAAGGAUUCAAAACAGAUUUGAACCUGGGAAGAAUUAUUUUAUAUCAAGAUUCUGUUUUGCUUCAUAUUUGUGAAGCCCUGUGAUAUACUUUUCUCAAGUUUUUUUCUUAUGUGGCGAUCUCAGUCUUUCUUGCCAUUUUGUAACUUAAUAAUUGAAAUGUUAUUCAUGGGAAUCAGGAAUUUAUAUCCAUGUGAAAGUAUUAUAUGAUAAAGUGAAUGACUGAGUUGCAUUAAAUUAUCUGAGGAUUCAGAUAUGUGGACUAAGCAGUUGAUGCAUGGAAAGAUAAAUAAAAAUCUCACUCAGUGAUCAUCAAGGAAGCAAGCUGGGAAGAAUUGCCUGUCUUUGGAUCUUUUCCUGACUCAGAAAAACAGCAUCAAUAUAGGGUGUCCCUGUUAAAUAUUUGGUUGUGAUCUCUGCUUAACCUUAGUUCCUUGGAAUUUUAAGUAGUGUUCUCCCCCCACCCCUGCCCCCAUCUUAAGUAACCUAUGUCUAAAAACAUUAAAAAGAUCUUCACUUUUA